AUGUACGAAGGAUCUAUACUUGAUUCGUACUACGUCCCAGUCGACAGCACUUGGAGAUCACACUGGUUCGUCCUUGGAGAUACUGUUGCGCCUUCUCUACAAGGGACUUCACCGGCGAAUUCUGCGAAGGAUGUACCGCUGAACGUGACCGUACAGUUCAAGUUUACAGAGAGCAUCUCCUUUGGCCCGGCUGCAAGUGAGUUGUUCUUCUUGACCUCACUGGGUGGCUAUGGACUGUCUGGCCCUGAAGAUCAAGUGCUGGCCAUUUUCUCUGGCCGGUCACCACGAGUCCAACUUCAGGGCAAUACACUGGCUAUACAAAUGGAUGGUUUGUUGACCUAUGACGUUUUCUAUUCCGUCAGCAUCGCAAGCACUGCAGUUCAAGAUGGGACCGGCAACCUGUUUGCGGGUUUGACAUCUGGCAUUUACGCAUUCCGCACAGUCGCAGAGAAGAGUUACAAAGUCUUGGAGGAACCUGGCAAAAACUUGUCGAUUGCUGCCAUCUUCACCAUCGCAUUCGCUUCAAUACUUAUUGUCUCUGUGUUCGUAGUGGCUGGCCUUGCAUUCUGGCAGAGACGGCACUCGCGAAGCAUUUCACCCAUACAGCCAGAGGAAAUUCAGGAGACAACGGAGCCACAAGAAGGUCACGAUGGUUUUCAGACCAUGAAGGAGCUUCAGAAUUUGAAGUCUUGGCAUGGUGCUGAGAAUUUCGAAACACUAUUUGAAGAGCUCCGAAUGAUUCGGAAGGAGGACGACAAGACCGUGGCUUACCAGCCUCCCUUGGACGAUAGCUACUAUGCAACCCGCAAGCAUCAAAGAACCGAUUUUGAGAGCUCCACGCUGGAGUUUUGUCAAGAUUGUUAA